ACUUUGCAACACAUUUACGGGAACGCCUACAUGUUCCCGACCUGACGUUAUCGGCCCACACUAUAACCAGUGAGGAUGAUGUGCUCAGGGCAGACAUUACUAUGCGAUGUGAGCGAGGAACGACACCUAGAAAAUAUGAUGAAAACGACUCUUUUAGCCGUGGUUGUCUGUUUCAUCGGACUCACAACAACCACGUCUGUAUCAGCAUCAACUAACACAACGUCUGUAUCAACUAACGCAACGUCCCUGUCAACACCAACUAACACGUCUCUGUCAACACCAACUAACACGUCUCUGUCAACACCAACUAACACGUCCCUGUCAACACCAACUAACACGUCUCUGUCAACACCAACUAACACGUCUCUGUCAACACCAACUAACACGUCCCUGUCAACACCAACUAACACGUCUCUGUCAACACCAACUAACACGUCUCUGUCAACAUCAACUAACACGUCUCUGUCAACAUCAACUAACACGUCUCUGUCAACAUCAACUAACACGUCUCUGUCAGCAUCAACUAACACGUCUCUGUCAACAUCAACUAACACGUCUCUGUCAACAUCAACUAACACGUCUCUGUCAGCAUCAACUAACACGUCUCUGUCAACAUCAACUAACACAACGUCUGUAUCAACUAACGCAACGUCUCUGUCAACAUCAACUAACACGUCUCUGUCAACAUCAACUAACGCAACAUCUGUAUCAACUAACGCAACGUCUCUGUCAACAUCAACUAACACGUCUCUGUCAACAUCAACUAACGCAACAUCUGUAUCAACUAACGCAACGUCUCUGUCAACACCAACUAACACGUCUCUGUCCACAUCAACAAACACGCCUCUGUCCACAUCAACAAACACGUCUCUGUCGACAUCAACUAACAUGUCUUUAUCACCACCAACUAUCACGUCUCUGUCAACAUCAACUAACACAACGUAUGUAUCAACAUCAACCGACACGGCGUCUGUAUCGGCAUCAACAUCUGCUUCCAAAACUAUAUUGACACCUCCGCCACCCUCAAUGUCUCCGCAUCCCGAAAAGGCAUAUUUCAACUUGGGCUUUUCACUGAAGAUAAAUGCCACCUUUACAAACGAUUUGAAGAAUGUGACUUCUUCCGAAUAUGCCAAAUAUUCAAAAGCAUUCAAGUAUGUGCUUUCACAAGUCUAUGAGGAAAUUCCUGGUUUCAGCCACAUAGUUAUCAAGGGGUUUCGGAAUGGAUCCAUUAUCUGUGACUACACAGCUGUGAUCACAGCAACAGCCAAUCCUGAUGACGUCAUCCGAAGAAUCAAUGAUACCCUGAAAAAAAAGUUACAGAUGCCUCCUGUUGAUUCCAAAUAUCUCCAGGACACAUGGAUCAAAGAUCUCAAAGCAGCGGACGACGAGAUGGAAUCUAUUUGCAAUGCCGAGAAUAUUUGUGAUAUCGGCUACAAAUGUAAUGGGACUGGCAAUAGAACCAAAUGCACCAGUAACUGUGAAGGCGAAGAUUGUGGAGACCACGGAGUGUGUCAGUUGAAGGCAGAUGGCCAACCUAUUUGCAGAUGCAAAAUGCACCCAAAGUAUGUGUACAGUGGAGACAAGUGUGAGAUCAAAGCGGAACAACUGCUCCUCAAGUCUGAAUACAUUGCAGCCAUAGCGGGAGGAGGCGGCGGUGGCCUCGUUCUCAUACUGGUGAUAGCUCUCAUCUGCACAUGCGCCAGGAAGAGGAAAGCUAAAGAAAAACGUGAUGGCCCACUGUCUGCUUACGACGAGAGUCCGGGACAGCACUGGACAUCCCACUCUGGGGACCCCCGUCGACAUAACAACCCUGGGUAUGAGGCCGUCGAGAUGGACGUCCUCCCACCUCAACGUGCUCAACACGGCAGCGGCGAGGAACCGUUCUACGUGUAUCAGCCCUCGAACAUUACGACGCCGAUGACAAGAGCGAGCGCCGAGUACGCUUCAUUCAUGGACGAGGGAAGAACUGGUGCAGCUCACGACCUCCACAUCAAGAACCGCGCCGAUACCAGUUACACCAAUCGUUAUGGCAACGAUGAGCGCCACAACACAGGGGAAGGCGCGAGUCGGGACGCGGGCCACGUUCCAGCUUCUCUUGAGGCCGACAUCAUUGACGACGUCAGGAGACAUGACAGAAUGCGACAAGCCCACGACAGGACCGGUCCUAAUCGAGUAUCUGUUGCUGGACUCUAUCCUGAGAUUACUAAGCAUCCACGUGAUGGCAUAUCUAUCACCCCAAAUACACCCCAAAUGCAAAUCGAAAAUUCGAAACUCGAUCGUCGUGAACAAGAUGUCUAUCCGUCACGUGACCAUCGAGGACAAGAUGACGAACAGUCACGUGGUCGGUACCAUCACGGGCAAGAUGGCUAUCCUUCGCGUGACCAUCUGAGGCGCGUUGACUCUCGGUCACUUGAUCGUCGAGAGCAAGAAGGCUACCAGUCACGUGACCAACGGGGGCAAGACAGCUACAUUCCGAGGGACAGAAAUCUAGAACGGCUGCAUCGGGAAGAGCGAAUGUCGGACCGACAACGCCAGAGUCCUGGGAGCUUCGGGGAUGACAGACGGAGCCCGAGAGAAACCGACUAUGGACACCAACCGGCACACCCUUCGCCCUUACUUCGGCAGAAGGGGUUGGGGGAGAUGCGUCAUCCCCAUAGUUUCAUCACGACCCCCGACCCAGACUACGGCGUCGAUCACGGCAGCGUCACGGAACACGACAGACACAGGCCGAGCCAGAGGCGUGACAACGAUGCGGGGGAAGGAAGGCAGCUCUACAGAAACGAAAGUUAUGGGAACGUCAAUGACAGCCAAUUUGCCCGAGAUUUGCAGCGACGUCGCACAGAGAUCAAAUCUCAAGGUGAAGGUGUCAUGGACAGAAUGAUUGACACCAGGGACAGACGAGGGCAAUGGGAAAACUCGGACCGCCGGAAUGAGAACCGCUCCCGUCAACGACGGGGUGACUAUCAGAUGAACCAUCAUCUAUAGGACACCAAGUCAGUAACACCACCACAUACCGAUGUCAUGCAUCAACGACUGUAGUGCUUGAAGGACAUGGUGGAACGCCCUGAUAUCACCGGAAAACAACUAUCCUGAGCAACCAAAACAUCCUCGUUACCCAGGACAACCAGGGCAACCACAACCGGACACCCUGAGCAACCAAAACACCCUCGUUACCCAGGACAACCACGCCAACCACAACCGGAUACCCUGAGCAACCAAAACACCCUCGUUACCCAGGACAACCACGGCAACCACAACCGGACACCCUGAGCAACCAAAAUAUCCCGGGCAACCUCGACAAGCCAACCACCUACGACACCGCCACCGACACACUGUAAGCUCACAACAAAAAACAAAAUAUAUCCUGGACACGGCAACAACAACAACAGCAACUCUGACAUCCACGACAACAAAACACACUUUAAACACGUCAUCCAAGACACCCCGUAAUGUAGGACACCAGGCACACCGAACUCACUGUUGCCCAUAACACAGCAAUAUGUAUGUUUGCCUUUUAUUGUACGAUAGGUUUCAGACCGUUUGUAAGGUAAAGACAAUUUACCUUCAAUGUUUUACACUUAGUCAUAUUACUCGCCAUCAUCAGGUACAUAAUGAUGUCUUAUGAAGACAAGGGUAAACCUUUUGGAAAGGAAACCUCUAUCACUGCAUCUCAUGUCUUCAAAAGAGUUCGUGUUGUUUGAAUAUACUCUUGUCUAAAACUACAAUUGGGUCAGCUAUUUUUCGAUUUAUUUUGUGACAUUCGUAUAUAUAUGCCUGGCUGAAUGAUAUCAUAUCUCUGUAGGCCUUUGUGAAUAGUGAAAUGAUAGUUUUAUAGUUUGCAUUGAAAUCACAAGCCCAGUUUUCUAUUUAUAUAAUUGUUACACUGUUUGCAGUGAUGAAUGUAUAUGUUGUUAUGUACUUUAACAUUUAACCAUUAGCAUAUGGUAUGUCAGUUAAUAGUAAGUCGUAAGUUUUUCAUCGUCAUUCUGCACACACACAUAGUUCGUAGCCAUGACAACGCUCUCCGGAGAAAUUGUUACUAAGUAACCCCGGGUACCCAUCCUGUGCCUAACUGGACUCGAACUAUAUCAGAUGUUUGCAGAUAAUACAAUGUAUGGUUCACAGGAGCGUGUCUUAUGAACAGUAACUUUAGUUAGAUUUAUAGUUAUGAUCAGCAAACAAAUGUAAUUGAAAAUAUUCCUUUAGUAUUUUUCAAUUUUCAAUUCUAAGACAUAUUUUCGUAACUCCCCUAAUCUCAUUUGCCACAUGUUUGUUGCAUAUGGAGCCAGCAAUGUAAAAAUACUAGGUUACAGAAUGUUUAAUUUACGCAUGGCUUUUUUCCAGCGUACACAUGAUCUAUACUCAGAGGCUAAAAAAUUAUCACGUGUUUGUAAUCAAACUGUUUCAAAGCACUUGUCUCAUUUUUCUUUCAAUAUUUAGUGUUUGGUUUUUAAUUAGGCUCAAGGUGGACUUGAAGGAGAACGUUUAAUAUAAAAUUUAAACGGAUUCAAAAUUCAAUAUGCAUAUUCAGCUUCUUAUCUGUGUUUUUGUCACAAAUAUGCACAUUGAAACAUGAUUUUAACCACUAGCCACAAGUGAUGUAAAGUAGCUUGAAAGUGAAGAAAUGUGAAGUCAGCAAGUUGUCAAUACAACACACAUUGAAACGGCAUCACGCUUGCCUUGUCUGUCUGUCUGUCUGUCUGUCUGUCUGUCUGUCACAGCUAAAGGAGGAUUCCAUCAGUCGUAAUAUACUUACCAACAUCAUCAUCGUCGUCAUCGUCAUCUUUAUCUUCAUCAUUUCUAGUAACUUUAAAGUUGCCUUUGAAUAUACACUAGACUUUUUUUUAUAAAAGUAAAAUGUUUUCCAACUUUAAAUUCUGUUAUUAAAGACGAUAAUCAUGUCAUAUAUUUAUAUACUUAUUAACAAAGAUUGUUAUGGUUUCAACUGAACAUAAUACACAAUGUGUAUUGUAGCCAAUUCUUUAAGAAGACAUCGAGUGCUUUCAUGUUUUUUUAGAAUUGUAUACAGUUGAAGAUACCCAUGUCAAAUAUUCAAAUACUACUUUACAAACAUUAACAUUUAAUUGAGCUUAACAUAAUACUCAAUUUGAUAAUCUAUAUUUCUGAAAUACUGUGCUGUGUAUCUGAAAUAAUGUGCUUUUUUAUUUAUAAGUGUUUACGUUUGAAAAAUACUUAUGUGAAAUAUUCAAAUACCGUUCUACAAACAUUAACAUUUAAUUCAGCUGAACAAAAUACUCAAUUUGAGAAUAUGUAUUCCUGAAAAAAUAACUUCAUAUACAAAAGCAGACGCUUCUAUGCUUUUUUAUUUAUGAGUGUAUACUUUUGAAACUACUUAUGUCAAAUAUUCAAAUACUGUUUUACAAACAUUAACAUUUAAUUCAGCUUAACAUAAUACUCAAUUUGACAAUUUGUCUUGGAGCAAAUAUCACAUCAUGUAACAUUUUCUUUACUUACGUUUGUAUACAUUUACGUUUGUAUACAUAAUCAUGCCAAAUAACUCCCCUUAAAAGAAACGCAAAUGUUGUUUUGGUGACGUUUGAUGGAUCAACGUAAAGCAGCUGAAUUUUCAGAUACGACACACGCUACCGUAGUUAACACAAGUCGCUAACACGGACAUGACAUGUUCCAAGUCAAAGCCAUCUGCCAUCAAAGUAUCGUGCGUGCCCAACCUGGGGGUCAGUCAAGAACUGCCUGACGUCUCCUGCCUAUUGAGCAAUGAGGGUAGGAAUCAGCUCCUGGGGAAUGGUGGUCCAUGUGGCCUCUUGUGCCAGCUUGUGGCAGAGUCUACGGCUUCGGAUGACGCUUUCGCUCACGUCUAUCCAGUUCAUCCCAUAAAUGUUCGUUGGGGUUCCAAUCUAGUGAAAGAGGGCAUUAUCGUUCUGGAAAUACGGUGCGGGCGUCCUGCAUAAUAUGAGUGUCAUGUAGCCAUCCUGUGUCCUGUAGAAUCUAUCCUCGGAGCCGCUGUGUAGUUGUCCUGAACGUGAACCUGCCAUGGUGCAAGAUGACCCUACCUCCACAAACUGUCGACUGUAGGGAGUUUGGAGCAAAACGUUCACAUCGAGAACUAUACACAGAAUAUCUUCCAUCUCCACGAUGAAGCAAGAAAACGUGACUGGGUGAUUAACUCUCUCCUUCACAUAUGAGACAGAGUGUUCUCUGCGGACAUGACACCACUGACGUCCACGACUGAUGUUGGACCGCCAUAAAGACACUUGGAACACACCGUCUGGUUUGAAGACUUGCCUCACGUUGCUGGCCUCACCAUCUGGGCUGAUGUCCUUCGCAAAACGGGUAUGGCGAGUGCUGUAGAGAUUGUCCUGUGAUAUUGCUAACGAUUCCAGAGCCUUGUAAUGGCCCUCGGUCCUGGAAAUGCCCUGGCGACGGCCAACCUGGAUUCACCAUUCACCGGUUUCCAAGCGACCGAUGGCGUUGUUUUAUUCUGCACCACACAGCCGCGGCAUGGGGUUGCUACUUUGCAUUCGUCUAGAUAAAGAGGACAUGUUAACGAAAAUUCCUUAUGCUCAUGUAUUACGUUUCUUACUUGCGUUUUGGCGACUGCAACAAUGGCGGUACGUUUGGAUAUAUUAUUCCUGUUUCGCUAUGUGUAAACGCCUGAUAUAUAUGAUUUAAUUCAUUUUGCGUUUCUUUUUUGUGAAGUAUAAUUUGAAAACAUUACUUUUGUUUAAGCUGAACAUAAUACUCAGUUUGACAGCUUGCGACAGUAUCAGGCAUAUUGCAUAUUAACACUUGUAUAUUCAUGUUUAUGUAUUCGGAUAACCUGUCUUGUACAUGACAGUUAUAUAUAAUCAAGGUGCGCCAUCACAUUAAAAUGAAAGCAAUGACAGUAUUUUUAUGAAUAAAACGUUUGACUUAUUUUA